AUGGGCGCCGGUCACUUAGAAAGGAAACUCCGACGGAUGUUCAAGAUUCCUGUUAAGGGGGAAAACAGUGAAUUUCGUUCCGGCCUAGUAUCACAAUACUCCGAUGAGAGAAAAGACACCAUUCAGAGAGUCAUUGCCGCCAUGACUGUUGGUAAGGAUGUGUCCUCGUUAUUUCCAGACAUUUUGAAAAAUAUUGCCACUCACGAUUUAGAGCAGAAGAAGUUGGUUUAUCUUUACUUGAUGAACUAUGCCAAGACCAAUCCUGAGCUAUGCAUAUUGGCCACCAAUACUUUUGUUCAAGAUGCUGAAGACCCUAAUCCUUUAGUUCGCGCACUAGCUAUUAGAACUAUGGGAUGUAUCCGUGUUAAUGAGAUGGUGGAUUAUCUUGCGAUUCCUUUGAAGAGAACUUUGGAAGACGAUAAUCCUUACGUUAGAAAAACUGCUGCCAUCUGUGUGGUGAAGAUGUUUGCCUUGAACACUAAAUUGUGUGUGGAACAGGGAUUUCUUGAUACUUUGCUUAGUAUGCUAAACGAUUCCAACCAGAUGGUUGUCGCCAAUGCAAUUUCUGCGUUACUGGAGAUAUCCAAAAUGGGUGGUUCUCAAUUGCUUAAUAUCGAUUCCCGGAUUAUGAAGAAAUUGCUCAUCACCUUGAACGAAUGUACAGAAUGGGGAAGAAUUUCCAUUCUCACGGCGAUGGAGAACUUUGACACAAGUGACGUUACUGAAGUGGAUCAUAUCAUUGAGAAGGUCACUCCACAACUUCAGCACGAAAAUCCGGCUGUGGUUCUCAGCUCUAUUAAAGUGAUUCUCAAACAAAUGGACAAGGUAUCCAAUGAUCAACGCGAAAGACUUUUGCGCAGAUUGGCAUCACCCUUAUGUUCAUUACUCUCAAACCCACCAGAAAUUCAGUAUGUUGCUCUAAGAAAUAUUCGAAUCAUCUUGGAGAAAUAUCCACAUAUCCUUAGUAAUGACCUACAGGCGUUCUUUGUAAAGUACAAUGAUCCGCUAUACUUGAAGUUGGAAAAAAUCGAUAUUUUGGUUCGACUAGCAAAUGCAGGAAAUGCUGCUUUACUUCUUGCUGAACUUAGAGAAUAUGCCAUGGAAGUUGACAUCGAGCUAGUUAAUAGAGUUGUCAACGUCAUCGGUCAGCUUGCAAUAAAGAUUACUGAAAUUUCCAAGAAGGCUGUCGAUGUCUUGUACGAGUUGUAUUUGAACAGAUCCUCUUAUGUGUUGGAACAACUUGUCAUUGUGAUUCAAAACAUCCUCCGGCGGUAUCCUAAGAAGUAUCUUCCCACGGUAAUCACCAUUAUUGCCGAUUUGAAUUUUGACGAUCUUUCCAACACAGAAUCAUUAGCUUCAUACAUUUGGAUUAUUGGUCAGUACAGUAAAGAAAUUCCACAUUUGGAAGACAAGCUAGAGAUCAUGGCAUUACAAUUCAAGGAAUUGGAGCCGUUAGUUCAAGCCGCUGCUCUUACUGCCAUUGUCAAGAUUAACCUCACCAAAUCGACACCAAAGACGAGGCAGUUUCUCCAAAAAAUAUUAAAUGAAGCCACUACGGAGAUCGAAAAUGCUGAUAUUAGAGACAAGGCUUAUAUAUACUGGAGAAUUCUUUCUACAGAUGAUGAGGAAUUGCAGAAGAGCAUUGUGUUGAAACGUCUACCUGUUCUUGAAUCUACCAUUGACACUUUCUCUCCUCUUCUUCUCAAGCAACUUAUUAGCGAGAUAUCGAACUUGGGUUCUGUUUAUUACAAGCCAGCUGUCACGUUCAUUAAGCCUAAAGCAGAGAAUGAAGCUCUUGUCAAUAAUGCUACUUUGCAAUCAAAGAAGCUGGAAGAGUUGCAGCAGAUGGCCAAGUCAGAAAUUGUCAAUAAUGCAGUCAAAGCGGAGACUCUUCUUGACUUUGAUGAUUCUGAGGAGAAUCAGGACAGUGCAGCUCCGGUGGAUACUCCUAUGGGUUCCAUCGGGAUAGGAGCUACUACAGGUGCUGCCAAUAUUCUUGAUGAACUCAGUGACUUGUUUUCAGGAAUGACAACACAGCCACAACCUGGUACCACAUCCUCUGCAAUCGCGUCGACUUCUACGUCUACUUCUCCUUCUCCUGCUGCCGGUUCCACUAGCAAUUUGUUCGAACUGAUAAAUCAGCAAAAGCAUAAAACAAUAACUGGAAGUAGCACCACGCACGAUGAUUUACUGAACUUGUUCUAA